AUGGCGUUGAGACAAGGAACUUCUCCUCCGCUAGAUACGCCUAGCGGCUCUAGAGACUGUGACAAGAAAGGCCGGUCCACCUCGUGCUAUUUCUGUCAGAAAAGAAAGCAAAAGUGUGACCAUCAGCUUCCUUCGUGUAGUACCUGUCUCAAGGCUGGUGUCAAAUGCGAACAGCCAGAGAAGUAUGGAAUGACCUCGAAUUCGAACGUGUUGAUGUUGGAGAAGAAAAUAUGCCAUUUGCAGAAACUUUUAGAACAGAAGGCUUCUAUGGGAGUUCCGUUGCCGAAAUAUACCAUGGUUCCAGUGACUUGUCCCCAUUCUGCUGCUAGUCCUCCUAUCGACGGAUUGCACGUUGACGAGAAAGAUUACCGAAGGUCCAUUUUGGGAAACUAUCAACUACAAGAUUUCUUGGAAGUUCCUCCGAUCAACAACAUUGAUCCCAAAACGGCUAAACAGCUGCUGGAGAUAUAUUUUGCUCUUUUUCAGUACAAGUUCCCUCUACUAGUGGAGAGAGAUGUAUUGGAGUUCCACAGAGCCUAUUUUGCCAACGAAAUCGACAACUAUGAUGAUUUCCACUUCAGUUGUGCACGGAUGUGGCUGAUAUUUUCGAUUUCAGCACUAUUGCACAUGACUACUGGGAAAUACAAAGGCCCUUCCCCUGCGGGAUUCUUCUCUACUGCUUUGAGGCACGCUUCCAAGCUGCGGAACAUCACUCCGCUGCAAAAAGUGGAAAUUCUGAUUCUACUGGUGUUUUACCUGAUCAGAACAGACAAAGAUUCGUUCUUCCUGUUUGACGUGGUUAGCGAAGCCAUGCGCCAGUGCAAAGCAUUAGCCCUUCAUCGCAGGCAGGGCUACGAGAACAUGGACCCGGAUCUCCGUGAUCGGCGCAUGCGGUGUUUCUGGUGCACUUAUCUGCUAGAAAAGGCAAUAGCAUCUUCUGUGGGGAAGCCCUAUGUUCUAUUGGAAAGCCAAAUGGAUCAAGACAUCCCCAUGUUUGACCAUGAGCCGUCCAAGGCCAAUUCCACCAAAAGUGGCACCAUUUUUGUCAAUGAGGCCAUCAAAAUUCGCCGUAUUGAAGCUAAGUUUGUGGAGGAACUGGAUCUGAAUAAUCCUGAGUCUAAUGCCACUAAACACCAGCUUCCCAAGGUGCGGUGCUAUUUUGCAGACCUGGAGAACUGGCGCCAGGAAUGCCAGGGGUUUGGAACAAAGGGUAUUGAGAAUGAAACGCUUAGUGUAUACUACUGCCGGUCAAUCAGGACUCUUAUACAGCCGUUUUUGGAGCUUUUGGACCCUGAAGACAGACUUUUCAAAGAGUGCCAGGCUGCGGCAGGGCAAAUCUGUCAGUCGCUCAAAUCAUUUCAUCAGCGUACGGUCACGGGUCAUUCCAUAGUCCAUAUUCACACCAUGUUCGUUGCAGGUGUCACCCUGAUUUACUGUCUUUGGUUGACAAGAAAUGUGGAUGACCAUCGACGUCGCCAGCUGGGAGACGACUCCAAGCACACGCGGCCCACAGUCUCGGAAGCACUCUUUCGCGGAUUGGACGAUCUAAGAUCAUGCUCAGUCUGUCUUUAUGUGAUGGCUGAGAGAACUAGUUAUGCUAUUAGUUUCAGAGAUACUUUUGACGAUCUCUUGCAUGCUACCAUGGCGAACUUGAUUCUUAGAUGUGGUCCAGACUCGAGCGAGAUCAUCUAUAACAGCAGUCCAGGUCUUCCGCCAGCUGUGGUGCGGAAACCUCUAACUAACUAUGCUCUAAACAUCAAGUUGAACAUGCGAACCACCGAAGCUGAGAAAAAAGAGGAGGAAGAUCUCAGAAAGAAGCAGGGCCAGCUCAAAAAACUAUCGAUUCCAAAGGGGCUGAAUCAUCUGCUUGCCCAUCCGCCUCCAUUUGGUCCAGAUGACGAUCUCAAAGAGAGAGCAAAGAGCACCAGCCAACUGCGCUCGACUCUUCCAGAGACCAGGCAAGAGCCCAGACCUGUUGCUCAGCAAACGGCUCAUCAACCGGCCCACCAACCGGCUCCCUUUUCAGCCGAGGUUCUGCUCCAGCCAGAAUUGCCAAGCACAGCAACUUCAACAGCUAAUCACAGUCCGUCUGUGCCACUUACUUCUUACUCGUAUUCUACUCCGGGUAUUGAAGACAGUUGGAGCCCAGAGUCUUCGUUUGGAGCCAGACCAACACAAAACCACAGAGUUUCCGGUGCAAACACUUUCAAAAAGCGCAAGCUCUCCGACUCCAGCUUGGAAAGGAUACAGGACGUCGGGUUUCAAAAUAACCAAGUUGAUUUGUCUUCCCUUGUUGGAAGAACACAUGAGAUGAUCAACAACAUCUCUACGUGGACUGGUGAGAGUGGUCAACAGUUCCCCAAUAUUGUGAACAAUUUGGCACCGAUCGAGUUGCCGGAGAUGAGGAAGGCAAACCUGGAACUGAUGGUACCUUUUACGGAUGUUCAAACUGAGGAUUUUUGGAGUGGAUGGGAAGAUUUUGGGUUUCUUCCAUGA